UGAAGCUUGCAUUUUUUCGGCUUACUCUUGGAACUUGGCCGCUGCUUCGGCGUAAUACUAUGGACGCUACCGACGAACUACUAGACUCACGCCGGGAACUCGUCCGAACUCAGCUACGGCUCGAGCGAGUACAACGCGAGUUGGAUUCGCUCCAUGCGGAACACGCCGCCCAAAUCAAACUAGUUCUCGAGGAUCUCACUCACACACGUCGUCAAUGUGACGAAGCGCGGGCUCUGGCCGAAAGAUUCAAGUUGGAUCUUGGGCAACUGGAAAAAGCCUCGGCUGGGAACUCGUCGUUGAACGAUGAGCUAGCUGGAGCUCGGAGGGACGCUAAGGAUCGAAGGGUCGAGUGUCAAGACCUUCGUGAUGAGCUCCAGCGGGAGAGGGAAUCUAUGAAUAGAGAUCGGGAAGGUUGGGAGUGGGAGAAGGUGCAGUUGCGGAGCGAAUUGAUGCGUCUAGAGGAUGCGGCCAACGAGACCAGGAUGGAGGCACCCGAACUGUUACAGGAUGACCUUCAGCUUGGGAUGGUCGAAGGUAAUCCAUCUAGCUCCAGGGUAACAACUCGGACCCGAUUUUCUCGACCUCGAAGUUUGAGCAUCGACAACACCAAUGAAUUCAACACACCCGUAAGACAGGGAUCGGCUGCAGCCUUUGCGCUCUCCGUCUCUGAGGACGGUAAGAACAUUCCCAGUACGUCCGUUAAGAGAGAGAAUGGCAGUAUCUUUCCUGUCAAGCGUGGGCUUCCCGACGGCGACGACAAGAACACCGUUCACCCACCUAAGCGACACAGACCGAACAUGCCACAAACGACUACGCCAGAGAGUCAUGAGGAUCGUAUGGAUCGCGGCUUCCCUCCAGCCUCUAACCCCGUGGGCGCGAUGCACACAGAUCAGACCGAUUUUACAUGCCCCGAAUGUGACAACAUCAUUCCUGGUGCCGGUAAAGACAAACUCGCCCAAUGCAACCACAUGAAGGAAAACCACACGAUCUCUAGGCAAUUCACCAACUUUGCAAAGACGAGGAAUCGGCUGUGCAUAUACCGCAGUCCAAUCCAGUGGCAUUUUUCUUGCCCUUGUGGGGAACAAUUCAAGAGGAAGGACGAGUUGGAGAGGCAUAUCUUUGGGCUCGGUCAGACAGCCCAGGGUGCACACCGUGCUAAAUCAUUGCUGCCGAUGCAAAGGAAGAUUCGGAGCGACGUGGAAGCAAUCUCAAAAAGUUCUGCGUAAAGUCCGUAUCAUCAGUGUAACGGAUUGUCGCCAGUCAACCACCUGGGACGGUCGGGAGUAUGGGCAGGGGGCCAGCGUAUCCUGCUGGCGUCGUGGAUAAGGCACAUGCUAGCACAUCUUAGUCUUUCGACUUCUUCUGAUUCGACCCAUUUUUUUGCCUGGUCCGCAUCACUUUGUGUCGUUCCUCCGAGCUCAUCGCUUGUUCUAUCUCCAAGGGGCACACAAAUUCUCCUGAUAAUGCCGUCUAGUUCUUGCUGUGUCUGCGAAGGCUUGAGCUUUCCUAGCUGAUGGACGAGUUGCGCGAGCAUGGGGUUAUU